AUGGCAGUUGGGCUUCAGGUUCAGCUUACUUCCAUUUGUGUUCUGUUGAUGGUUGCUGAGAAAAUGGAAAAGACCUACCUCGGAGCUCAUACUGAGGCUGCAAAGAUCACCAUUGAGGAUCUUCAUAGCAGUGACCUUCAGCCUAUGGAUCUUGACCACUUCACUAUGGGGCUUUUAUUUGAACUAUACAAGUAUGUUAAAGUGAAGGGUUUACUCACAAAAGUAUUCAUUAAGUGGUUUGAGAAACUUUGUCCUUUGGCCAACAGAGGCCAGGCAGACUUAGAGAAAGUGCGGAAAAGGGUAGAUCUUUUAUUUCAAAAAAGGAAAACUUUGCUCAGUAAAAAGCAGAAAGAAAAAGCAAAUGAACUAGAUGAUACAUUCUUUGAUUUCCGGACUGUCAGGAAAGUAGAUGUUUAUGUUGAUGCAGGUGGUGGUGAUGAUGGUCUGGACAAUCAUUCACAGCCAGACAUCGAGGAAGUUUCCUUUGUAUCCGAUGUUAACACGGUUGAUGUAGGGGAAGUACAACUGCCAGAUAUAACACACAGAGCCGUCAGAGGUCAUGGACAUACGGAGCUAGAACCAAUGAAGCAAAAAAAUGAACUGACCUUUGAAAUAAUUCAAAAGCAACGCAGAAUUCGUACACUAGAAACAAAAAUAUCAACACUAAAGGAGGACUACAACAAAAUAAAGAAAAUAGUGGGUCACUUCAAUCCUCGGAAUGUAAGAAAAAGAGACAAGUUAGCGAAAACUAGGGCUGAACAGUUUAAGAUAACCUCUAAAGAACUUCGUGAAAAAGAUGAUGAAAUUGCAGGACUCACUGUAAAGUUAGAGCAACUGACAGAAGACGGGGCCCUUGCUCAUCAGCAGUUUUUAAAUGACCAAAUAAAUGCUGUAGGACAGUUGAAAAACAAACUAAUCAAAGCACGUCGACACCUUCAAAAAGCUGAUGUCCCAAAUCCUUCUACUGUACGAGCCAUAUCAGAUGAAGGUCAAUAUGUAGCCAAACGCUUUAUUGCGGAGCAGCUCAAGGAGAGUACGAAUUGGGGUUUGUGCAAAGAUGGAACGACUCGUAAAAAAAGGAAAAUUUUGGACACUUCCAUCACUCUGAGUUCCGGAGAUAUCAUUAGCCUUGGUUUUACCAGAGUGGCCCACGAGACAGGCGAGGCUAUUGCUGGUACCUCAAAGGACGCUUUAACGGAAAUAGCUGAAAUGCAGGCACAUGAUGACACUGGUCUGACAUCAGAAUCCUUUAUUGAGGAGCAUGGACUAAAAAAACUUAGCUAUUUCAUGAGUGACAGAGCCGCUAAUGAGAAAAAGAGCAAUAGACUUCUUAAUGAAUGGAAGCAGGAGACAUUACAAACGGAUGAGGACCAGCAGACUGUCCACAGUUUUCACUGCAGUGUGCAUGUGCUCUUGGGGUUUCAUUCCAAUACAGUUGCAGCACUGAAGCCUCUUGAAGCUGAAAUUUCAGAAGAACUUGGUCAUGGCCUUGGAAUGAAAGGAAAGGACAUGUUCAAAGACUGGAAAUCCAAACCUGCGGUUGAGCGGAUAGCACUGUCAGCAUCCCAAAUAUUCGGGCCAGAGGGGGACUACCUUGGGUUGCGUGACAAAUGGGAGGCACACUGUCAACAUGAGAAUAUAAAAUCCUGUAUUGAAAGCUACAAGGACAACCGAUUUAAUGGACUAUUCGCAGUAGCAGCACAAAUUGUUGCCCAUCGCUCAGACUUCAUCAAGGUUUUGGAAGCUGUUGAAAAGCCUAACAAGAAACUUCAAGCCGUUCUUGCUGAUCUGAAAUGUGACAUUAUUGUGACGCUCCUCCACGCCCUUGGGAUAAUCUUUGUAAAAGUCACCAGGCCGUAUUGGAUUCUCACUGGCACUAAGAAAGGAGAGAGUGUGAAAUAUCUUGAACUUUAUAAGGUGAUUCAGCCCUUGAGAAAUUUGCUUCACAGAUGUUCUACGGACCCUUCAGUGCUACUAGGUGAUGCGAAUCUUCUUGACUCUCUCCCAGUUGAACAGGAUUUUCUGUUUGACAGAGUUUUCAAAGUGCCUGAGGGACAGCACGACCUUGUGUGUAGAGUACUGAAAUUGAUCUGUGCUGCAUUCGUGAAGACCAUCGAUAAACAGUUAGCAGACUUUCUACCGGAAGGAUUGUAUGGUUCUGAACCCUCAGAGAUAGAUCUACAGCGGACAUCAUUUGCUCAUGUCAAUAACCUGGGAUGUGAGCACCAUUUUGGAGACUAUGACUCGAGUAUCAGGCGUCGCCCAAAUGCUUCUCUGCACUACCACAGUAGUGUGGAAAUCCUGAAAAGAAACAGAUGUGCAAUUAGAGUGUGGCUUAAAAAUCUGUCAGAAAAACAUAGGAAGAAAAUCUGGAAAGCUGCAAGAAAACAUGGCAAAAAACUUCGCGCAAAACACAAGGAACAAGAAACGUCUGUCAAAAUUCAGAUUCAUGAUGAACUGUUCAAAGCAAAGAAACUUGAGAAAAAAAUUGCAAAGAGACUUGUAAAGAAGGCAGCAGCUACACGUGCACGAAAGAAAGGGACAACUGCUCAGAAACAGACACUUAAUAAACAAACCAAGACUAAGACCAAGCGUACCAAGAGAGCAAUUCAAUGCCCAGAGCCACCAACUGAAGAAUUCAAACUGAAUCAAUGGAUUGCAGUAGCCUAUGUAGAAAAUUGGUAUCCAGGAUGCAUAGAAAAAGUCAGCUCCAAAGACGGUGUGACAGCCAACUUCUUGAAACCUGCAGGGAAGGUCGGAGAAUUUGUAAGACCUGCAAACCCAGAUAUAGCUGACGUCAUCCGAGCUGAUGUUCUUGCAAUAGGCUCCUCCUGCAUACCAGAACCCACUGCAGGGGGAAGGAGGUGGAGGAUCCCAUUCCCAAGUGCAUCUAAAAUCCAGCAGGCAUAUAUAGGCCUUAAGACCUACAGAAAGUGGUAG